UUCUCUUUCUUGUACUCAUUAUUCUAACCCGACCAAAACAUAAACACAGACUGACCAAAACACAGGACUUGGUCGAAUUUUGCAUUGAGGCUGAAAAUUUGGCGAGAUGGGUUUGGUUGAAGACAAGGGUGAUGUUGGUAGUUUGUUAGAUUUCUUCUUUAAAGAUGUACUAGGAGUGAGCAGCAGCACUACUAUUCCCUCACACCUUGAAGAUAAAGACACUUUCUCCCGUUUAAUUCGGGGUCUUCUCAAGCUCACUCACAUUCACCCUGGCCACAUCUCUUACUUUCUUUCUGUCAAGCCACCUGUCUCUAACGCGUAUGGAGGAUUGCAUGGAGGGGUUGUAGCAUCUGUAGCAGAGAUGGUAGCAGUAGCUUGUGCUAGAACAGUUGUAGGAAAAGAGAAGGAGCUUUUUCUUGGAGAACUUAGCAAUUCUUAUCUCUCUGCUGCUCCACAAAAUGCAGAGGUUAAGGUUGAUGCCUCUGUUGUACGGAGUGGAAGGAACUUGACAGUAGUUGCAGUUGAGUUCAGAAUGAAGGAAUCUGAGAAGCUGGUCUACACUUCUCGUGCCACCUUCUAUAAUAUGCCAGUGGCAAGUUUGUGAAUAUUACCGACUUCAGGUGUUAAUAAUAGACAUCUUGAUAAAAUAUCUUUCUUUCGGAACAUCCUUCAGAACACUACUAAUAUAUCAAGUAAUAAUUUCUUUUGUCUACUGUCUCCUUCGUUCAGUCAUCAGCUGAUUAGUUGUAUGGUUCUUCGAACCUUUUAAGCCGAUGUCAGAGGACAGAUAUGGAUCUUCUCUUAGUUGUAUCCGUUAUUCAAACAUAAAGUGACACAAUAUUGAUUGUGUAA